GUUAAAUGAUACAGUAUGAGUGAUCUUAAGUGUUUGUUAUGGCUGUGGGAGUAAAGUGGAGGGGGGAGGGGGGAUACUGUAAUCAAUUUUUUUAUGUCCUGUAACUUGUUUAAGGCUUUUUUGCAGCCUGCAUUAUAAUUUCAUUGAUGAGAAAACAUUGUGGCACAGAGCUGUCAAACACAUACUUUGUCCCUUACAUUUAUGUGGAAAUUGUGUGUGUUUGCAACAUUAUUAUGCUGAGAGCAAGGCAUGAGGAAAUAUGGGAGUACAUAUUUCAAAACCUACUUUAUAUGAAAAAAGUAAUAGAAGAGUAAAUCUGUGCUAUGUUGUUGGCACCCCAGUGAAGGCAGACUGAAUAGAAUUAAAAUAUAUUAGGAAGAUGUUAGAAAAAUAUGUACUUAUGUGAUGCCAGAUGUUGGUAUUUUAUUAUUUUUUAUAACCAUGUUUUUAGUAUUCCCUUGAGGGAGAUAGUAGCAGAAAUGCAGAUCUGUUGAGAAAUUAUACCUCAACAGGUAUUUAUGGGCCCAGCUAUCCUUAAAGGUAAACACAGAGAUUUAUAAACAACUGUUUUUAUGCUUUUGUUGUUAGUAUGUUAUUACAAAAUCCAUAUCAAACCAAAAUUGUAAUCUUUGAUUCAUUACUUAAAUGAAUUAGGACUGAAACCUUUGAAUUAUGCAGUUUGAUGCAGGUCUUUGAAGGGGAGGGUAGCUGGAACCAUACUGUUUUUUUUAUUACAAAUCAUAUAUAUAUAUGCUUAAUCUUGAUGGUCAGCACAAAGAUUCAUAAACUUAAUUGUUUUUAUUAGUAUCUGUUGUCAUGUAAUGCAGGAUUUGUAGCUAAGCUACAACAUAAUCUUUAUAAUAUGACAAAUUAAUUAUUGCCAAAACUUAGAAACAAGUUUAACAACCAAAUGAGAUGACAGACCUAACUCAUUAGUGCCUUCUGUGUAUCAAGUAAUCUAAAUCAGAUAUUCCUAUAAAUGUAUAACUCUAGAUUAACUUAGUUAGAAGCAGAUGAUAAUUGAAAAAUUCUCAUAACAUUACCCGAAAUUUCUGUAGAUAAAUAUCUUUAAAUGCUUCCACUUAGUAAAUAUGAUACAAAUGAUUUGUUUCUUUUUGCAAGAAGGAAGAACACUUUCAUGGUAUUUAGCUUGUUAUGAAACUACAUCUCGUGUUUGAUAGGUAUUCUUCAGAACGCCCAGGUGGUUAUAAUUUGGAGGAUGCCAAAAGGACAAUCUACAGUUAUUUGACAAGUUAUCUUGACAGAACAUCACUUGGCAUGAUAAAACAUGAAGCUAGAGGAGACGGUGUGAAAGCUUUGGCAGUGCUAUGAAAGUAUUACAUGAGAGAAACAAACCACAGGUUGUAUGCUUUAUGGCGGUCAUUAAACAAAAGACUUAAAGAUGGCAGUGUUACAGAGUAUCUAUCGUCCUUGGAAGAGAUAGCAGCAGCACUAAGAGAAUCAGGUGAGUGUUAGUGAUUGUCUCUUAGUGACAAGUACACUGAAAGGACCUUCCACCGAAGCACAAGAAUUUUGUAGAUGUGCCUAAUCACGCAACCCUCUAUAUGAUUACAUUGAAUUAACGACAGCCUUAUUGGGUCAUGAAGAUCACCUCAGAGAAAAUUCUGAUACAGAAAGAGUAAUGGUUGUCCAUGGUAAUAGUGCAAUUAAACAGAUGCUUCAAGUGUGGUAAACCAGGCCAUUUUGCAUCAAAAUGCUAUAAAGGUGGUGUGUUUAAAUGAGGAAACAAACCUCAGAAUAGUAAGAAAUGGUGUGAAUUUCAUCAGUCAGGAACUCACAGUACUAGUGAAUGUAGGAAGAGUAAUAACUUAGUCUGCAAAUGACACAACCGAAGAACAAAAUUAUGAAUACUCUUUCUUUGUAACACACUCAUCAAGGUUACGACCUGUUGAAGGUACCUCAGAGUUAUGUGACAUUGGAAAACAAUAUAUCAAACUUAGAAGCAGAUGAAAGUUUACUCAUGAUUGACUGUGGUUUCAAGAGUUCAUAUCCACAAAACCAUUACAAAAAGUUGCAGAUGGCCAAAGGCAGCAAGGAACUGUACAGGGAGUUGGUGAUGUCAAAGACUUUAUCCAGGAUUGAGAUAGCAACUCAAAAAGGAUUGUGUUAAAAGAUGCACCAAUGCAUACCAGGAUUUAAGCAAGACAUCUUGUCAGUAUGGAAAGCCAUGAAGAGUGGACACAGCAUUACUUUUUCACCUAAUGGCAGCUCACUAACUACCAAGGAUGGCAGGAUAUUCAACAAUGUAGAAAAAAAACAAAUUGUUCUACUUUUAUAAAGGUAAGCUACACAAAAACUCAAAUGGAUGAUCUCAACAACAUUUAGGAGAAGCAAAGCACACCCUAGAGGAAUGGCAUAAAAUCCUAGGGCACUGCAAUGUGGCUGAUGUGCAAAAACUUGAAGCAACUGUUGAUGGAAUGCAUAUUUUGAGUAAAGAGAAGUUAAGCUGCACCAUGUGAUGAUGACACAGUAUAGAAAUAGAGAGCCAGACAAAAUUGCUAAACAGCCUUUAGUACAUUGUAAUGUAAUAGGAUCUGUUGUUCCAGCAGCUAAUGGAGGUUACAGGUACAGUAUCUCUUUCACAGAUGACUACUCAGGAACUCUAAGAAUCUCCCUCAUUAAGAAUAAGAGUGAUACAGUGCAUGCUAUGGAGAAAUAUUUAGCAGAAACAUCACCAUAUGGCAAUAUAAAAAUGACCAUGGAACAGAAUUUACAAAUUAGGAAUUCAGAACACAAGUUUGCAGCACCCUACUCUCUACAUCAAAGUGGAAUUGUUGAGAGAUCACACAAAUACAUUUUUUACACGUCUUGAUGUUUACUGAUUGAGUCCAAAUUACCCAAAGAUAUGUGGGGUUAUGCUGUGAAGGCUGCUUGUUACAUCAGGAAUGGGUGCUAUAAUCCAAGAACUCUGAAUGGUAGAAAUGCUUACUGGAAAAUGGUCAAGCAUCAGCUGAAUGAAUAUUUUUUGAGUAAGAUGUUUUGCAUAUGAACAAGAGAAGAAGAAACAUGAUCCCAGGAGAAAGAAAGGAAUAUUUGUGAGCUGUGAUGACCAGAGCCCAGCCUACUUGAUUUACUUCCCAGAAUCUUAAACAGCAAAGAAAAUAAGAUCUAUUAAGUUCAUGGAAAACUUACCCAAUGUAGCUGAUUCACUGAAUGACGAGCAAACCUCAGAUGAAGAUGACAUCUUGGUGGAGACUAGACUUCAGCAAAAAUCGCAAGUGAAGAAAGAAGAUAUCCAACUCAAGAAAGACGAAAACCCUCAUGAUUAGAUGACUGCAUUACUAAUGAAUUGGACAACAAUAUCUCCAGUGUGACACAUAACAGCUUUAUACAUCAUUGCUACCAAGUGUCACAUAUCCCAGUACCAAGAAUUAUAAGGUUGCUAUUGUAUCUCCAGAGGGACCCCAGUGGAAGAAAGCAAUGGACGAGGAAAUCUCUUCACUUCAAGUCAACAACACCUAUGACCUUACUACACUGCCUGAGUCACAUACAGCAGUAGGUGGAAAAUGAGUCUUAUCAAUUAAAACCUGGACCAAACAGCAAAGAAAAAAAUAAAGCAUUGUACUUUGCCAAAAGAUAUUCACAGGUAAAAGACAUCAACUACGGAGAAACAUUUGCACCAACAGCAAGAAUGUCUAUAUUUUGUAUUUUGAAGAAAUACAUAUUCAUGUAUUUCUGACGAAGACAAAGUUGAAACCAGUCAAAUACAUCUCCUGUAUUGUGAAGAUAUUCAUUCUCAUUCAUACCUUUUAUAUAUUUGUCAACAUGAAUGCAGUUCAUUAUUUUGUAUUUUAUUUGAUGUGGCUGUACAGAAAAAUAUGGUAAUACAGCAAGUUGAUGUUAAAACAGCUUAUCUGACAGCUGAUAUUGAUCAUAAAAUUUAUGUAGAACAACCUGAAGGUCAUGAGGAAAAAGAUGAUGAUGGAAAUGUUUUGUAUUGUAAACUGGAAAAGUCACUUUAUGGUCUGAAACAAAGCAGCAGGAUGUAGAAUAGUGUAAUCCAUAAUUUCUUUAUUUCAGAAGUUUUCAAGCAAUCAUAGAGUGAUCAUUGUCUGUAUCUGAUGCAUGAUAAGUACAGUGAUAUUGUUGUGCUCUUAUGGGUGGAUGACUUAAUUAUUGCCAGCUGUAACAUGUCCCUGAAGAACAAAUGUACUUUGUACUAAGUACUUUGAAGGGGACCAUGGCAUAUGGUCUUACAUUUGGAAAGUCAGAUGAAAAAGUUCAACUCCAAGGAUUUUGUGAUUCUGACUAUGGAUCAUCUGAAAACAGAAAGAGCAUAUCAGGAUAUUGUUUUCAAUUAUUUAAAGAUGGACCACUUAUAUCAUGGAGAAGUAAGAAGUAACAGACAGUUGCACUUUCAUCUUGUGAAGCAGAGUAUAUGGUCAUUACUUAUGCCAUUCAGGGAAGCAAAGUUUCUAAGACAAUUGUAUAUGAUCUAUUAAGAUUUAAGUUAAAAUCUACAGACUUAGGAGUUGAUAACCAAGGUGCUAUUAGUCUUGCCAAAAAAUCCAGUAAAUCACCAAAGAUCAAAGCACAUUGAUGUUCAUUCCCAUUUCAUUGGAAAUAUAGUAGAGAAAGGUAAUGUAAAGUUAUUUCAUGAUCCUACACAGAACAAUCCAGCUUAUAUAUUUACAAAAUCUGUACACCAGAAGAAUUUGAAUCUUUAGGUGUAUCAGGGGAUAGAUUCUCAGAUCACAUACCCAUCUUUGAUUAAGAGGGGGUGUUAGAAUAAUCAAAGAUGGUUAUUAGUAGGGAUACUUUUAUUCCAUGUAUUUAUGAUAUAACUCAUAUUACCUAACCUACGUUUUAUAUAUAUCUGUAAUAUAAACAACCCUCUGUAGUGCCACAUAGAUCCCAUUCAAUACAUAGAGUAAGGUGCAACAA